AUGAGUGACGCCGCCCCCGCCCGUGACCCGCGCGAGCCGCGCUUCCCCGUGAUCGUCAAGCACCCGACCUUCGACGACGUGAAGGCCAACUUCAGCGCGGGCGACUACACGCGGUUUCUCGGCGUCAGCGCCUUCUCCUUCCCCGCGGGCUACGUCUUCGGCCUGAAGCUGCACCGUCACGUGGCGGUGCCCUCCAUGGUGGUCACGGGCGUGCUGGGCUCGCUCGGCGGCUUCCUGUGGGCCUUCCAGAACUCGUCCUUUCGCCUGCAGGGCUACAAGGCGAACCCGGUCGAGGUGAAGCAGUACAUCACCAGCAAGGAGCAGUAA